GAGAAGGAGCAGGAGCAGCCCCCCCACCCCUUUCGCUGCCCCGCCCCGCAGGAAACGGUGCCGCCCUGGCCCCGCGCUGCGGGACGGAGGGGGAGCGAGCGAGCGAGCAAGCAAGCAAGCGGACGAGCGGGAGAGGGACGGGGAGGGGAACGUCGUCUUCCUCCGUGCUGCUUCCCCCGGGACACCGCAGCGACCCGCUCCCUGAGGGCACCGACCGGGAGCCAGGAGCGGGGCAGCCCCCUCCCUACAUCCACCCCGUCCUCUUGAGGCGGGAGCGCCCUCGGCGGGCAGCGGGGUGACCGUCUCUCCCCCCCCCACCUCUGCCCGGUGUGCAGCCGCUGCCACCUUCCAGCGGGAGCCGUGAUCCUUUCGCCGCCCCCCUUCUGCUCCUUGGGCUGCCUCCUCCGACCCUCCCGCCGCCGCCGAGCCGCCUGUUCUGCGGAGGGAGCUCGGCACUUGUUGCUUACGCGAUGGCCACCGGCCCGGCCGAGUAGGCAGGGACCGCCGAGCCCGUCGUGGGAGGGGACGGCAGCGGCUGGCGUACAGGGCCCGGCCUCUGUGGGGGGCUCCAGGGAGGACCCCGGAGUGUUGUUUCCUCUCAGCUCCCGGUGGUGACGGCUUCCCAGGAGGCGUGAGGACUUUCCCCGGCCCUCGUGGGUAUCGCGCCCGGCAGGACCGCCCGCACCGCAUGGUCACGGCCGGCUGAGGGGGCACCGCCGGACCCCGCCCGCCCCCUCCCGCCGCCCGGUCGCACGGAGGCAAAAUGUCUUUCUUCAACUUUCGGAAGAUCUUCAAGCUAGGGGGUGAGAAGAAGAAGAAACAAUACGAGCACGUUAAGAGAGAUUUGAACCCUGAGGAGUUCUGGGAAAUCAUAGGAGAGCUGGGAGAUGGUGCUUUCGGUAAAGUGUUCAAGGCUCAGAACAAAGAAACGAAAGUACUGGCUGCUGCAAAGGUGAUUGAUACAAAAUCAGAAGAAGAACUUGAAGAUUACAUGGUUGAGAUUGAUAUUUUAGCAUCCUGUGAUCAUCCUAAUAUUGUAAAGCUCCUAGAUGCUUUCUACUAUGAAAACAAUCUGUGGAUCCUGAUCGAGUUUUGUGCAGGUGGAGCAGUAGAUGCAGUAAUGUUGGAGCUUGAAAGGCCAUUAACAGAGCCACAGAUCAAAGUGGUGUGCAGGCAGACACUGGAAGCAUUGAACUACUUGCAUGAAAAUAAGAUCAUCCACAGAGAUCUAAAAGCUGGCAAUAUUCUUUUCACAUUAGAUGGAGACAUUAAACUGGCGGAUUUUGGAGUAUCAGCUAAAAACACAAGAACAAUACAAAGAAGAGACUCUUUUAUUGGUACACCAUAUUGGAUGGCUCCAGAAGUAGUAAUGUGCGAGACCUCUAAAGACAGGCCUUAUGAUUACAAGGCUGAUAUUUGGUCUCUCGGCAUUACUUUAAUAGAAAUGGCUCAAAUAGAACCACCUCACCAUGAAUUAAACCCGAUGCGAGUGCUUCUGAAAAUAGCAAAAUCUGAUCCACCUACAUUAGCACAGCCUUCAAAAUGGUCAUCAGAUUUUAAAGAUUUUCUGAAGAAAUGUUUGGAAAAGAAUGUAGAUGCAAGGUGGAGUGCAACUCAGCUUCUACAGCAUCCAUUUGUUACGGUUACUUCCAAUAAACCAAUAAGAGAACUGAUUGCAGAAGCUAAGGCUGAAGUUACAGAAGAAGUUGAAGAUGGUAAAGAUGAGGAUGAAGAAGAAGAAACAGAAAAUUCUCUGCAGUUACCUGCAGACAAGCGUGCAUCCUCCGACCUUAGUAUUGCCAGCUCUGAAGAGGAUAAGCUGUCACAGAAUGCCUCUGUUCUGGAGUCCCUUUCUGAGAAAACAGAAAGUAAUGCAGUUGAGGACAAAAGCAGCACUAUAUUUCCAGAUAAUAAAACACCUGGAAAUGAAUCUGAGGACAUCAAAAUUAGGAAAACAACUGACAGCGUAUGCGAUAAUACUGUUAGUGAUACAAAAGUGCAGAAUGGUUCUGUGGCAACUGGUGAAGAGUUACAAGGCAAAAUAUUACCAGCUGAAAAGACAAGAGAAAGCCUGGAAAAAGCACAUGAAGAUGUGGAACCCCAGAAUGGAGGGAAAGAAUGUGAUGCUGUAACAAAAUCAGAAAUAAAGGAUGAGCCCAAGCAAAAAACAGAGAAAGAAAAUGACAAGGGUAGUGAACAGCCAGAAGGUAAUAAACUAGAAACAGUACUUGUAACUGAAACAAGUGUAGAAACUGAAGCAGCCAUUUCUAAGGAAACUGGUGAAAAAGAAGAGAACAGACCACAUCUCUCAGAAAGUAAGGAAGAGAAAGUCCCUGCAGAAAAUACUACAGAGAUAAAGAAAGAUAAAGAUGAAGGACAGAACGAGGUGAUAAUAGGCACCACUACAGAAACUCUCCCUAAUUCUGCAGAUAAAGUGGCUAAUGAAGAAAAGGAACUAAUAAAGCAGGGAAUUGACAACAUUAAGGAGAUAGGUGGUAUUGCUGAAACACAGAUCCAUGAUGGGGAUAAAAUACCUGAGACAGAGGAUAAUCCAGUGGAAAGUCAGGCUAAGCAGGUCCAUGAGAUAAUCUGCUCUAAAGAAACUCUGUUGGAAAGCCAAGAUAAAGCGAUCAAAGUAGACAAGAAACAGGCAGAAAGUGAAAAGGGUACAAAUAAUAUGAGCGGCAUGGAGGAAACAGAGAUCAAAGACUCUGAAAAAGACGAAAUCGACCAUAAGGCAAUACAAAGCAAGCCUGAGGAUAUUUCUAAUAAGAUUGUGGAUAAACUGACUGAUGCAAACCAAAAUUCAGAAAAGCGCAGACCUGAGAAUAUCCAGGAAAACAAUAUUCAAAUAAGCAAAAACCACUCAGAAGUUACUUCCAAUGAAAUUAUGAAUAAGCUUCAAGAGACUGCCAGUGUUCAAGCUGAUGAUGCUGAAGUCACUCCAGUCCCCAGUAUUAGUGUUAGCACUGAAGAAAACGAAGGGAAAGUGAAAACAGAGAACCAAGAAAACACUGAAACUUUACAGCAGCUGGAGUCAGAGAAUUUGAAGGAAAACGAUGCAGAUUCAGGCACUGGUUCUACAGCAGAUAACAGCAGCAUUGAUUUGAAUUUGUCAAUUUCUAGUUUCCUGAGUAAAAACAAAGAGACUGGAUCAAUAUCUUUACAGGAAACUAGAAGACAAAAGAAAACAUUAAAGAAAACUCGGAAGUUUGUUGUUGAUGGAGUAGAAGUGAGUGUAACCACGUCAAAAAUAGUUACUGAAAAUGACUCAAAAAGUGAAGAAAUGAGAUUUCUGAGACGUCAAGAGCUAAGAGAGCUAAGGCUUCUUCAGAAAGAAGAGCAGAGAGCCCAGCAACAACUCAGUAAUAAGCUUUUGCAACAACGAGAGCAGAUGUACAGACGUUUUGAACAGGAAAUGACCAGUAAAAAGCGACAGUAUGAUCAAGAAAUAGAGAAUCUAGAGAAGCAGCAGAAACAGACAAUAGAGCGCUUGGAACAGGAACACACAAAUCGUUUACGAGAUGAAGCAAAACGCAUCAAAGCGGAACAGGAGAAGGAGUUGUCCAAAUUCCAGAAUGUGCUAAAGAACAAAAAAAAGGAGGAGCAGGAAUUUGUACAGAAGCAGCAACAAGAACUGGAUGCAUCUCUGAAGAAAAUCAUUCAGCAGCAGAAGACAGAGCUAGCCACUAUAGAAAGGGAUUGCCUCAACAACAAACAGCAGCUCAUGAGAGCUCGUGAAGCUGCAAUCUGGGAGCUGGAAGAACGACAUCUUCAAGAGAAACACCAGCUCCUCAAACAGCAACUUAAAGAUCAGUACUUCAUGCAGAGACACCAGCUGCUUAAGAGGCAUGAAAAAGAAACAGAACAAAUGCAGAGAUAUAAUCAACGCCUUAUCGAAGAGUUAAAGAACAAGCAAACUCAGGAAAGAGCAAGACUGCCUAAAAUCCAGCGAAGUGAAGCAAAGACUCGUAUGGCUAUGUUUAAGAAAAGUUUAAGGAUCAAUUCAUUAGCCUCUCCAGACCAAGAUCGUGAAAAAAUUAAGCAGUUUGCUAUUCAAGAAGAAAAGAGGCAAAAGAAUGAGAGACUGGCUCAGCAUCAGAAACAUGAAAACCAAAUGCGGGACCUUCAGUUGCAGUGUGAAGCAAACAUCAGAGAACUACAUCAGUUGCAGAAUGAAAAAUGCCAUCUACUGGUCGAGCAUGAGACACAGAAGCUGAAAGAGCUGGAUGAAGAGCACAGCCAAGAACUGAAGGAAUGGAGAGAGAAAUUGAGACCAAGAAAAAAGACGCUGGAAGAAGAAUUUGCCAGAAAACUGCAGGAACAGGAAGUUUUCUUUAAAAUGACUGGAGAAUCUGAAUGCCUUAACCCUUCAACACAAAGCCGGAUUUCCAAAUUCUAUCCAAUCCCCAGCCUCCACUCCACUGGGUCAUAACUCUGGGAACUGCUGUAGGUUUUUUCAUAUUUGGGAUUCUCCAUACUCCCCAUCUAACCUGACUUAUUCUGCAGUGUGCAUCAAAGCACCUAGGGCUUCUUGUUUUCAGUGGAGACAAUCAGUGUCAUGAUCAGUUUCUUCUCGGAAUGGAAGAAAAGAGAAAAGGUGUUGGUGUAUAAUGGUCAUGUUAUGUCCUUCAGAUGUUUCAAGAGUAACUGGGGUUUUUAUCUCAGUCUCAAAAAGUAUGUUAUCUAUGGUUUUGACUUAAGCCUAAAAUAUUAAUUAUACUCUUUCUGAUCAAAAAAAAAAACAGCUGGUUUCUCAUGUGAACAUUUAAACAGUGAAAUAUUAGUUCUGCUACUGUGUUUUUAAGUGUCUGAUUUCUCCAUGAGAGAAUUCCACAACCGAAACUGCCGUGAGAGGUUUGGAAUGUUAUAAUGCUAAGCUGUGCCUUCACAGUAAGGACUGAAGCUAAUUACUCAGAACAUGCCAAUAAUGGGAAAAAUAAACCCUUAUGUUUAAACACAAUUGGUAAAAGCAAAAGCCUUUGCAACCUCUUUAUAAAGAAACUUCUGGCAUGAAUUAAACUGAGCUGAUCUCCAUUACAUAUUUGUCCAUUAGUUCCAUAACAAAAUGGGGUGCUAGUUUAAUUAACACAGUGCCUGAAACACUUAGGUAUGCUAAUCCUGGCAACAGGAUAGUGUUCUGUCAUUUUAUAAAACAAAACUCCUUAGCAUUGUUGUUACUGUACAAAACAGAAGAUUUCUUGCUGCUACUGCCAUUUUUGUUGUAAAUCCUCACCCUAAAAUAUUUUGCACUAAAAUAUGUAAAGGUGAAAGAAAUGCUAACUUUAAAAUGCACAGUUUAUUAUUUUCCUUAACUGUUACAGGUGGUUAGUUCUACAAAAUGAAAAACUUUAGAAUGUAUUUUUUAGAAAGUGGUGUGCAAAGUGCACGUGGCUUCUCUUCACUGUACCUGGAAUGGGAAGAGCCAUUUUUCUGUUCUUACCAAAGCCUGUACAUGGAAGCCCCAUCAGAAAAGCAGAGGUGGGUGGUCAUAUUUAUAAAUAACCAUGGCUAAAGUCUGAUUUGGAUAGAAAUGUUAGAUUUGUUUGUUGUUUUGUUCUAAUUUUAGUCCUUUUAUUUUAUAGAAAGAUUUAAGUUAAAUAUAUAGACAAACUACUUUAAUGAAGCUGCGUUUUUUGCUUUUGUGUCACCACAUACUAACAUAGGCAGUUUCUAUUUUUCCAGUUGAUAGAUGUACAAUAAGUUAUUUACCUGACUGAUCUGCAGUGGAAAAAAAUCAGAAAUGUUUCUUAUAUAGCUGGUAGGAAAAUACAACUGUAUUAGGUGACUUUCACUGCACUCCUAUGGGUGGUUACUGUUUGACUCGUAUCAAGACAGUAUUACAAGCUGUAUUUGGUAUGCUGGAGUUCAAUUUGUAAAAUAGUAUUUAGUUUUGACAUUCGAGGCCUGCCUGGCUGGUCUCUGGGGUAUCAGCUGUAAAGGUUUUGUUUUGCUUGCUUGCAUUAAGUGUGGGACUGGUGACCAUUACAUGAUGUUCAUUUCAUGGGAACAGUAUUGAUGCAUGUGAAUGAACUCAAAAAUUAACAUAGGACUUUAAUUGGAUGUGGUUGAAAUCUUGGAUGCUGAAAUCCUUGGAUGUUGAACCACUACCUUCUUAAUGAAGACACUUAAAAUUUACAGCACGGUAAAAAAAUUUGGAAUAUGCAUGUUUUAAUUUAAAAUUUGUAACUUUUGAUAGCAUAAUUACUUUAAUAGCUAGCCUUAAGUUCUGGCAUUAUAUAAAUGUGUAUUGUGUACUGUUGUAAGUUCACAUACUAUAUCACUAGAACAUUAUCUGUUGCUAAAUGCAAAGUUCUUUAAAUUGUUUAUUCAGUAGGGUGAAAAAUGUCUUUGAAGGCCUUUUACUUUUUAAGCUCCACCAUCAUAAAUUGACUGUUACAAAAAUAAGAUUAAAUAGUCUUCAUCUCUGUAUUUAGCAGAAGUUGUUUCCAGUUUUGUAUAAAGCAGCCUCAGUGCUUGACUUGGGGAGGAGACAGGGCAGGCACAUUUCCUCUUCUGCAUUAUCUCCAUCCACAUUAAACGUUCAUCUUUUCUUUACAUUUUUGGAAGUUUUAGUAAUAAAUUGCUAACAUAUAUUGGCAUACUGUUUACCUCCAUCGAAAUCUUUUAAAUCUUUUAUUUGAAGAUCCUUUUCACGCAGGCCCCUGCAAUCUGAUCUCUUGUAAAUUGUGUGAGCACUUAACCAAGUUCUGUGAUGCAGAGGGAUCAGAUGUGGUGACUGAAGCCUCAGCAGGUGGUCAGGAUCCCAGGUGUGGAGGGAGCUCUCUCUGUCACACAGGUGCAACCAUACGAGCUGGGCUGAGGAUCAAUACCAGACAUGAAAAUACAUUUUUCUGGAGGAAAAGAGGAACUAGAAUGGGUACUUACAGUUACAGACUCAAAGAAUUGGUUUUAAGUAUUGCAGAAGAUGGAAGAGGUAUAUGGUAUUAGAUCAGUGUCAGGAAAUUCAGUUUGAAUUAAUUUAUUCUCAUACAAGUCUGGAGAGAUCUCUUGAGGUACAAAAUCUGAUUUCUCUGCUCUCACGUGUCACAUCCCUUUAGUAAAAGUUAGAAGCUCCAUCUCCAAGGUAAUUAGGGAUAUUUUCCUUAUCCAAAACAAUGUACUUUCUUACUGAGUGUUUGGUCAAUGUUACUUUCCCCAAGGGCCCUUCAAAUGAUGACCACAAAACUGUUUGCCCACCUCUAUUUUUUACUAAAUCGGAGAUACUAUCUCCAAGAAAAUUAACAAAGGCAAUUAAAUGCAUGAGUUGCAGUGUAAUAUAUUGGCUGUCCUCUUCUAUUUACAACUGAUUCUUGCAAAAAAACCCCCAAAAACCUGCCUGCGGUGCAUGGCCUCUGACAGGUUCAGUCCUCACAGCUUGUUCUCCCUGAACCAGCUGGGGAGGAACAGGGCUGAGUCUCAGCCCCUGCCCACCCUAAGUUGGAGGAGAACUUGGCAUUUUACUUUGGUGAAGGGAAAAUACUCCAGCGUUCAUUCUGCUCUCAUUCUCAUCAAACAAAAUUAUUUUCUUUUCCAAGCAUUCUCUUCCCUCUGCUGACUACAUGAGAAGCAAGUACAGCCUGAAAAGAUACAGUAUUGAGGUUGUUGUUCUUACAGUUGGAAAGAUCCUGAUUUAUUGCCACCUCAUAAAGGAAAACCUUUAAUUGAAUUUUGGAGGUGGCAGUACCACACUGUCCCAACCAGUGGCAUUCACUCAAAGUGAUUUUUCACAUCGCUGUUAAAAUCCUGAUACUUAUUCCAAGCAGAAUCCUUUUCUUUUUCCAGUGUUUCAAGCUAAUAUCCUUUUACAAUUACAUUCAUGGCUCUUUGAUACCUAAUCAAUCACAUUGUUAAAAAAAAAUUAUUAUUCUGUCCCAGAGGACUUUAUUAUACCUCCAUAAUAUGGAAUUUUAAUUUCUUGGAAAUAGGAAACUUAGCACGUUAAUGGAGACAGGGUAAAGCAAAGCAGUAAUGUAAUGUAAUCAUGCCACAAUGUCUUUUAUAAAACAGCAAUAUCACAUAGGAAGUUUUGAGUUGAUUUUUCACCUGCAACUGUAUCUGUCUUGCAAGACAUGGUCAAGGAAAGAUUUAAAUAAAUUCAGGUACUUAAAUCCAGUUUUGGAUAGCCUGAUUCUUGGAGCUGCUGUGGAAAUGCAGCUCCUGGGACCUCAGCAGUGCUCAUCAUUGCUGGGAACAGACUUACAUGCACAAAUAGCUCAGUUCCAGCUGCCUCCACUGCAGGACGGCUCUGGCAUUAAUCUGCCAGGGGGAAGCAGGACACAUUCCUGAGGACAGUGACUUGUCAUGGGAGAGAAGGGCAGAGAGGAGUAUUGAGGAUGGACACUCUGUAGGUAACUUUCUGCUUUUAUCUUAGCGUUUACAAUCCAGUCACUUCAAUUAGUCUGGAUCUCAGAAGCUUUCUUACAUUUAUGUGUCCAUGCACAUUUCGCAUUCACUGACUAAUGCUCUCCUCUUCAGAGAUCUGAAACAAGGUCAGAGUUUUGGCAUUCCUCUGUCACAGGCAAGCUGGAGCUAGGGCACCCUUGUGUUUCUCAGUCUUACAAAAGAUGCAGGCAGGUAAAGGGGAAGGAAAAGACAAAGAAACUCAAGCAUUUCUCUCUGAAUUUCUUGCAAAACUUUUAGUUGUUCUUCCCCCCAUUUCUCUUGCAGUCAGUCCUCAUACUUCAUUUCUGUAGCUACUUCUGCACGCCUCACACGAGGGCAGUCAGUGGUGCCAGAGAAAGAAGACAACUUCUGAAAUCAGAACAUGCUCAACACGGGUUAUCCAUAAUACCCGGGUUAUGGAUAAUGGAGGCUUGUGUGCUUCCACAGAAGGGAGCUGUUGAGCCCCAAGAUGCUCUAAUUUUCUGAAAUCUCUUCCACAAUUAGUAAAGACUCUUUCUUACUGUGUAUCAAUCCUGAAAUGGUGGAAAGAACAGAAACUAGAAUAGGACAUGGACUGAAACCUGUACUGUGGAACUCUCAUACCUGUUUUGUGUAAGAAAGCCAAGCCAGGGGGGCUGUGCUGAAGUGUACAAAGCUGAGGCAUCUCCAACCUCACGUUGUCCUAGCAGUUUAUUGAAUGUUUUGUGCUAAAUACAAACCAAGUUAUUUUUGCCUUACCGAAAGCAACCAAAAAUCAUGAGAGGGAUGAAUAAUUGCUUAAGAGUCUCUGUAUGUACAGCUCAUGAAAGUGAACUUGCAGUAGCAGCCAUACAAUAGGGUUGGGUUUCUUUUGUUUUGUUUUUUAACAGUGAUUUAACUUCAUGCUUUGUGUAGAAUAUUGUAAUAAUUCUGCUGUAAAUACAAUAAAAUCACAGUUUGCUGAGAUGGA